AUGUAUGUUCUCAUCGUCAUCUUAUAUUGUGUAUCUGUAAUUAAAUCAUAUCCAUUCGAUGAUAAUCCAUCAACAUCAAGACUGACAGUAGAAAAAUGGAAACAAGUAUUUAGUUCACACUGGAGCUCUCUUCAUUCUGAGCAAAAAUUAUUCUCGAUAUCGAAAAGAGCUAUAAUACAAAAUGGUUCAAUCUAUAUUGACACGGGUAAUACCGUUGGAAUUUCCAACUUGGACUUGAUCCUAGGCCUCGGACUUGGAAUUCCUCUUUUACUAAUCUCUGCUACAUUAGUUAUAUGUGGUUGUUGUUGUCAUCGACUUAAGUGUUUCAAAUCUUGUCUUUCGAAAAUGUGCAACUAUUCAGACGAUUAUAUGAAAUCAAACCGAAAUUUAGUAGAUAACUCUCAGGUUCCGAGUGAAUUCAGUUCCGGGAAAAAUGCUCCAACUAACAAAAACGUGAAGACGAGCAAUCAACGUACAAUUAUCAACAAAGAAUAUGUUUCUACAACUAAUUCAUCCGAUGGGAAAAGUAUUAAAUCGGCUAAAGACACAACUCAAAGAGAAGGUUUGAAAGGUUUAAGCAAUUCUAAUAGUAGCAACGACGUUCGAUCACUCCAUGACACAGACCAUUCAUCAAUCAAUGAAUCUAAACGUGACAAAAAAGCAAAUGAUAUCAAAGAAGUCGAAUCCACAAAUAACGAGUUCAACGAAGAUCCAGAUCACUCGCUGACAAAUGAAUCAAACAAGAAUAAUACAACAAAAUCAUACGAUCUUCGAGAACUUCCAUUAGCAUACGACUUCGAUCAUAAUCAAAACCUUACUACAGCGAAUGUGAAACAUCUUCGAUUUCUCGAGGAAACAAAUCAGUUGCACAGCACACCUGAUUAUAGUGAACAGCAAAUUCAGGUUGAUGAAAAAUCACCUAUGGUGAUGAAUAUGACACGAACAUCGCUCUUUUCGCCUCCGAUCCAAGGUCUUCCAACGACAGAUGUACAGUAUACACAUACGACUAAUCCAGGUUCGAUUCUUGUUCAUGCAUAUUCUGUACAAGAAAACAAAAGAUCCGAUUCGACACCACUAUGCUGA